AUGAAUAAGUUUUAUAUUCAAAUUGUUUUAUUUCUUUUAACCAUCUCCCUAUAUGUGAAUAAUAAAACUCUUGCAACUGAACCUGCUCCAGUAGAAGAUGCAACACCUGAAUCAAAAGAGCAUUAUCUUACUUCAGAAGAAAUAUAUGAAAAAAACAAGGACCUAUUAUGUACCAAUCCAAAAGAAACUGCAGAAGCAGUCAAACUUAUGGACGAAGUUGUAACACAUUUAGAACAGCAUGCUACAAGUAUAAAUGAUUAUAAAUUAUGGGGAGUAUAUCAUACUCAUCAUUUGUAUACAUAUCUAAAAAAACAUGAAGGGAAAACCAAGGUUGAAAAAAAUGAAUAUAAAGUUUUUGAUUCGAAUAAGUAUAAUGAAGUAAUAAACGAGUUAUGGGAUACCAAUAAUAUCAAUCCUUUCAAUAAUGUCUCUUUUGAAAGAAAAAUUGUCCGUGUGUACAAUCCAAAUUUAGUAUUGAUACAACAACGUUAUAAAAAAAAAAAUAGAUACCGUCGGAGAUAUUUUUAUGCUUUAGCUACAAAGGUUGAAAUAUCAGAAAACAUAACUAUAAUUGCCUAUGCGUCAGCAAAUAUAAAUGAUCACAACAUUUCCAAUAAAGAAUGUAAAAAUGAAAUUGUACCUAACGCAAAUUUAUUCAAAACUGACAUUGAUUCUGAAGAAGAUAUUAGAAAUGGAAAAUUAAAAAAAAAAAUGAUUAACAUAGCUGGAUACAUUAUUGAAAAAGGCAAAUGGCGUGUUAAUAUCACCCAUGUCAAAUCUAUGGUUCCCCAUAUUCACAAUGCCCUAACACGCAUUAUUAUAAAAGCUUUACGUAUUCUUUUUUUAUAUUUUUAA